AGACGCAGCAGCGGUGGCGUGUGUGUGUGUGCCCGGGCAGAGAGACGCUGUUUCCCGCUGGACUCGCACGGACAGACCGUUCUGGUUCGGCCCGGUACCGGAGCCUUCAGCCCGCGGUUCGGACGCCUCGGACUCGGGGCGCUAACGGCUGCUAAUGCUCGGCUAACAACAUGGGAGCGCUGCAUUGUACUGUGAUGCUAACGAAGGCUAAGUGCUAACCAAAGGAAGAGCUGCUUGAAGAAAUUACUGCAUACAUUCUAAUGAGCGUCUCAAGGGCAUGCCACAGGAAAUUAAAAGCUGACCGGGGGGGUGAUGUCCGGCGCUAAGGGCCCUCCGGUGGGGGCGGGGGGCGUGGGGGGCGGAGCAGGCGGAGCUCGUAGACGGAGGACGCGCUGCAGACGGUGCCAGGCCUGUCUGCGCACAGAGUGUGGAGAGUGCCACUUCUGCAAAGACAUGAAGAAGUUUGGAGGACCAGGAAGAAUGAAGCAGUCAUGUCUGCUGCGACAGUGCACCGCGCCGGUCCUACCCCACACAGCUGUGUGUCUGGUCUGUGGAGAGGCGGGCAAAGAGGACACAGUGGACGACCCAGACGACAAGUUCAGCCUGUGCCUCAUGGAGUGUACCAUCUGUAAUGAGAUCAUUCACCCCAGCUGUUUAAAGAUGGGUAAAGCUGAAGGCAUCAUCAACGACGAGAUCCCGAACUGUUGGGAAUGCCCCAAAUGCCACAAGGAGGGCAAGACCAGCAAAGACCAAACCGACGGUUCGGGGAAACGGCGACUCGAUAAUGGCGAGGUUGGUCGCUGGAAGAUCACAGAUGACCCUCCGCCCAAAAAGAAGGCGCCCCCUUCAGGAGAGGAGGUGUCGCGCAGCAGCGAGAGCCGAGCGGAGGGAGGUCGAGGGUCAGAGGUCAGAGGGGGGGAGGGUAGGUCAAACGAGGGAAGAGCAGAGGGACGGAGCAACGACAGCCACAAGAGGAAGAAGGAGAAAGACCCGGUGCCUGACAGCGGCAAAAAGAAGAUCAAAGGAAAUCACGAGAAACGACUCAAAAAGAAGCCGAAGUCUGAGGAGAACGGUUCUGGUUCUGGUCCAGGUUCUGGGGGCGGGACUCAGGGCUCGUCUCAGUCGGGCUCAGGGAGUGGGGCCUCGGGGGGCGGGGCUUCGGGUUCCUCUAAUCAGGACCAGCGGUCACACCAGCGCGAGAAACUGGAGCGGUUCAAACGCAUGUGUCUGUUGGAGCGAAGGCUCUCGUCGUCCUCCUCCUCUUCAUCCUCUGAGUCUGACUCCAGUGACUCAGACAGCGAUGCAGCCAAUCAGAGAGGCCCAAGCCCACCCACUUCACCCUUCAGCCCCGCCCACAGAGACCGCAAACACAGCGAACGCGAGAAAGAGCGGGAGCGAGAGAAAGAGAGGGAGAAAGAACGAGAAAAGGAGAGGGAGAAGGAGAGAGAGAGACGAUUGGCCGAGCUUGGGUUCAGUGCCAGCGACGAAUCAGACGACACGACGGGCGGGCGCGGCGAGGAUGGAGAGGAGAGGGAGGAGCCUAAGAGGAGGGGGGAGGGAUUAACACUUAAGAGGAAGACCAUGGAGACGGAUGAAGACGAGGAGGAGCGCAGAGACCGGAAGUCGUCUCUCCCCUCUCCACUAUCGUCCAAUCAGAUGUCUGCGUCUGGACCACAUGAUGUGUUUGUGUCAAAGCAGCGCAACAAUGGUGCUGACUCUAGGAAUGGCCGCCGUGGCGCCGGAGCGGGCGGUGAGAAGGAAAACUCCUCCACCAAUCACAGGCACAGCACGGCCUCAGGAGGCGGGGCCAAGGGCAAUGCCAGGAGUCGGUCGAAACUUCGCUCUAAACCCUCCGCUUCCAGCGCUCGCCUCAGCUCCGCCCCCUCUCUGCCCUCGGCCAAUGGCAGUUCUGUUCCCAACGGCAGUGCAGGGAGCGUGUCCUCCCUGCCCCUUCCCCGCUGCAGACUGCCCGCCCCGCCCUGCCCCCCCAGGCCCCCCCGUCCUUUGGAGCGCCACCUGGUGAAGCCGCCACCACACUGCCCUGAGCCCUCACUGUUGCCCCUGACGACAGGACACGCCCACAUCCUGCACAGAGACACCUGGGUCCGAGUGUUUGCUCACCUGAGUCACCGAGAGCUCUGCGUCUGCAUGAGGGUGUGCCGCACAUGGAGUCGAUGGUGCUGUGACAAGCGUCUCUGGGCUCACAUUGACCUGAGUCGGCAGAGGUCUAUCACGGCUCCGAUGCUCAGUGGAAUCAUUCGACGACAGCCCAUCUCCCUGAACCUCGGCUCCACCAACAUCUCCAAGAAACAGCUCAUGUGGCUCCUCAACCGCCUGCAGGGUCUGGAGCAGUUGAUCCUGUGUGGAUGUCUGUGGGCGUCUGUCUCCGCUCUGUGUCUCACCGUCUGUCCCUGUCUGAGGCUGUUGGACCUGAGCCGCGUCGAGGACCUGAAGGACUCUCACCUGAAGGAGCUACUAGCCCCGCCCCCUGAGGCUCGCAUAGCACACGGCGACAGCAGGGGUGGGCGUUUCCAGGGAGUGACUGAGCUGCGAUUGGCCGGUUUGGAGCUAACAGACGCCACGUCUCGUUUGCUGCUGCGCUACACGCCGCACCUCCAGAGGCUGGACUUGAGCUACUGCCCCCUACUGUCUGACCAAAGCAUCGUCACGCUCACCUCAGGGCUGUCCCCGCUCCGAGAGAGGCUGACACACCUAAGUCUGGCAGGUUGCGCCCGCCUGUCAGAGCAGUGCGUUCCUCUCCUUCGCCGCUGCUCUUCUCUUCAGACCGUGGAUCUGCGCUGUUGUCCUCAGCUCUCCUCAGACUCCGCCCAGCUCCUACAUCUCCCAUCAUCCUCUGCGGCAGCCGCCACGUCCUGUCCCCCCUCCGCCACUUCCUGUCCGCCCGAUGACAGGACGCUGCUAAAGAACAGCUAAAGACUACACUACUACAACCACCACUCAAUCAGGACUGCGUUUCCCACGAUGCAAAGCGUCUGACAGUAUUUAUUAUUAUUAUUAUUAUUGUGAAUGGCCGAGCGCAGAGAGGAAACGCCGUGAUGUCACUUCCUGUACAUAUUUAUCAGUGGAGAUGUUAGAGUUUGGACGAAGCAGAGACACGAAGCGCUAAACACCACAUUUAGAUCCUCCAAAAGAACACAGAGGAGACCAGGUUUAGUCCUGGUUUAGAUCUAGUUAAGACCUGGUUUAAUCUUGGUUUAGUCCUGGUUUAGUCCUUGGUUUUCAGUGCCGGUUCUUCUCUUUAGUCCUCCCGUAGUCCCUGUUUAGUCCUGGUUAAGUUCUGGUUUAGUUCCUUUGAUCUGGUUUAGUCCUGAUUUAGACCUGGUUUCUGUUCUGGGCGUGUGGAAUCAUCUUGUGGCCUGUGGCGUUUCGUGUUUCUGCGUUUUUGGUACAAACAGGGAAAA